UCAGGUGUGUCCAGUCUGUAGUCAGUCUGGGGUCAAGCAGGUCGCAGAAAUCGUUCACACAGCGAAUACUUCUCUGCGGCUGCAAGUGGAUAUUAUAAGCAGGUCAGGGUGAUUAUUUGGCUCUUAUGAUCCAUGCGGCCUCUAUAGGCUCACUCAUCUUCUCUUCUGAUCCACACAAAGUCUACAGGCAUGGAGACGCAACUAGAGGACCUGAGGCAGCAGCUAGAAAAGCAAUGUCUGAUUAACCAGGAGCUGCAGAGGCAAAACAAAGACUUGGAGCAGCGACUCCAGGAGAAAGAAAAACUUUUGCAGGAGCUGCAGGGUCAAUAUCACGAGCUUGAUAGUCCCUCCCAGAGCGAUAAUGAACCUGAGUUCAGGAAGAGCCGUGCAGCUGUCAUCUCUUCCGAACCAAUCCCUGAAACCCUGGACAUUGCACGCACCGGGGUCAAGAAAACUGUCAGCGAGACAAGUCUGAUCGUCAAAGCCAUCCAGAAGAAUGACUUCCUGAGCCGUCUCGAUGAUGAGCAAAUAGCCAUGAUGGUGGAUCUCUUAGUGGCAUUUGACUACAGCCCCGGGGAUGAAGUCAUUAAAGAGGGUGUUGAAGGAGACAGCAUGUAUAUAGUGGCAGAUGGUGAGCUUUGUGUCACCCAGGCAGGCCGGAACCUCCGAACCCUAACCAGUGGUGAUGUGUUUGGGGAGUUGGCCAUCCUGUACAACUGCAAACGGACAGCGACAGUCAAAGCAAUGACAAAAGUGCGUUUGUGGUGCAUGGAGCGACAGACUUACAGGACUAUCAUAACGAACAAGUCCAAGAAGAAACGGGAGCAGCUCAUGGGUUUCUUGAAGACGUCUCGUACUCUGAAGGACUUAAAUGAUGCCCAGUUAUCCAAAAUCAUUGACUCCAUGGAGGAGGUGAAGUACCAGGACAAAGAUGUUAUAGUUCGAGAAGGAUCCGAGGGAAACACAUUCUACAUCAUCCUUAAAGGAGAGGUCCUAGUGUCGAAGAACGUGAACGGCCAUCAGAAGCAGAUUCGUAGAAUGGGAAAAGGGGAGCAUUUCGGGGAACAGGCCCUCAUACGCGAGGUGUUGAGAACUGCUACCUGCGCUGCUGACGGCCCUGUUACCUGCUUCUCCAUAGACAAGGAGGUAUUUGAAGAGACAAUCCCCAUAGAGCACCUGGAGCUUUUUGAUGACUCCAAAGUGCUGCAGGAGGCAAAGGCUCCAGAAAAGUCUGGUCCCAGCUCUACUCUGAAGUUUAAGGACCUUCUCCCUGUGCUGUACCAGGAGGGUCGAUAUCAAGGAGAUCCUGUCACCCUUGGAGUUGGAGGGUUUGGCCGUGUUGAGCUAAUGACCACACUGGUCCAUGGGAAAUAUUAUGCCAUGAAACGAGUCAGCAAGAAGCACAUUGUGGCAAAGAGACAGGAGGAACACAUGCUGUUUGAGAAGAAGAUCCUUAAAUCCAUCCAGUGCGACUUCAUCGUCAGGCUUCAUGCAGCUUUCAAAGACUCACGAUAUAUCUAUAUGGUCAUGGAGUUCUGUGUCGGUGGGGAGAUCUGGACCAAACUCAAAGAAGUAGGGCGUUUCGAUGAACCCGUUGCUAUGUUCUGCACUGCUUGUGUGGUGGAGGCCUAUGCCUACCUGCAUAAGAAGAACAUCAUGUACAGAGACUUGAAGCCUGAGAACCUGAUGCUGGAUGUGAGGGGUUACGUCAAACUGGUGGACUUUGGCUUUGCUAAAGAGAUGGUGCGUGGUGAAAAAACCUACUCAUUUGUUGGUACUCCUGAGUACAUGGCCCCCGAGAUCAUCAAGAACCAGGGACAUGAUUUCGCAGUCGACUUUUGGUCCCUUGGUGUCUUGAUCUUUGAGCUACUGGCAGGAAGCCCCCCCUUUUCAAGUUCGGAGCCUCAGAAGAUUUAUGCCAAGAUUUUGGAUGGGGUGCUCAAGUAUCCUCCUUACUUGAGCGAGGCAGCCAAGUCCAUCAUUAGUAAGCUGUGCAGACCUCGACCAGGUCAGAGGUUAGGUAACACCAAGAAUGGCAUCAAAGAUAUACGGCAUCAUAGGUGGUUCAGCAGUAUGAACUGGCACAAGCUGCGUAUGUGUCAGCUCGAUGCUCCCACAGUCCGGCUCAUACGCAAGGGCCCCUGCUAUAUCAACUUUGAUCGUUUCGCUUAUGACCUGGCGAAGGCAGAAGAGGAAUUCUCUGGUUGGGACCGUAACUUCUAACUUCUGAGGGUUAAGGAUCAAAGGCCUCAGGAGUUGCCACAAUCAUCCACAUAUUGAUCCACACCAGAAAAGAUCUUGCCAGCUUGAAUUGGCUUUCUCAAGACUUUGAUUAACCUCAGUUUGAGCCAAAACAAGGUUAUUGAAUCUACUGAAAUAAUAUGCUUUAGAAUCAUAAUAGGGAGGUGAACACACACCUUUGGCUACGCGCCUGCAUCUAGA